CUUUUUUUAAUCCUUAGAAAGGAGGUGCAGAAAUAAUAACCGUUUCCCAACUUCCCUGAUGCUCCAGAGGAUAAGAAUCUUUAUGGAAACCAAACUGUAAACUUCAAAAGCAACAAAAAGACCCCCUUGUUGUCAUUAUUAGUUGACAUACACAACUCACAAAUGGGAGAAUUAAAUCCUUAUAUUCUUAAAAAUGAACUCACAGUCUUUGGAACUUACUUUGCAGUUCACGAGCAGAAAUUUGUAGGGUUGCUGAGGAAAAAGAUAAUAGACAGUAAUAUAGCAAUGCUAUUGAGCGUGCUUUAGAGCAGAAACAAGUUACACUGAAGGAGGCCUAAUGUUAAAUGCAUUAACUAUUAUGCUCAAGAGAGAUCCUAGAACUCAUGACUUGACUUUAAUUCAUUUUUUCAAGGAAAAGUACCAUUUAUUUACCAAAAAUGAGUUAUUUGCAUUGAAUGAAAUUAUACCUAUUGGUAGCUACUUUGGAUUAGAGCAAUAGGCCGUGUGUUGGAAGAAAAAUAGAGUACAGUAUUCUUAUGCUUUUAUGUUCCACCGGCUUAAAUGAUUCUCUGACAACUGGGAGGUCUGUUACAGCUUAUGUGAUUAACAGUACAGUUUAAAAGACAGCUUUUAAUGAAAAUAGAUCCUACACAAACUAUUGUGUUUAAUGAAAAGGAUAAGGAUUAAAAACAGGUUAGCAGUGUUGUAGGAACACAUAAAUCACUACUUCUUACUUAGAAGGCUUUUUGAUGGUGCUUGCAUUGUUUAUUUCUGGUAAAUACAGAUUUUUAUGGUUGAAUUGCCAGGUCAAAUUGCUACCAUGACUAUUGAAAACUGCUACAGUGGUUUAGCAAAGCUAUUAAGUCAAAAUUGUUGAGUCUGGCUCUGGUGCUUAUGUUUAGAGGUCUGAGACAAGAACAAGGCUUCCACUUCACUCAGGAUUUGAAUAUUGCACUGACUGUGGACCAUAAGGACUCCUGCAUCCUGUCUGCUCUCCCAAGCAGUAUUUGAUAUCCUCUUCUCGGGCACUAUUUCAUUUUGCCUCUAGUGGCAAUGGUCUCCGGUGUGUUACAGUUGGUGACUGAGCUGUGAAGUUCUGGAUUUGGUUCCUGUUUUGGUCAGGUCCGUUUCAAAACUUUCUCUCGUAAAUCGGGCAAAGUACUUUUCAUCAAAUACAUGACAAAGCUAGGCUGUGCUAAUAAAGUUAGGAAAAAUCGCCCAUACUAAUUUUGUAAAGUAAUACUUCCAAAUAAACUUGUAUUUGCCUUUUUGUCUAAGAGGAAAAAAAUCACAUAUAUGAAUAAUACAUGAUAGUUCAUCACACUUUUUUAAAAAGAUCUAUAAUCUUAAAUGGAGAAAACUAGGAAAAUCUAGUUCUCAAUGCUUCUCUAUUGCUAUUCAGCUUUUCUUUUUUUCUUGCUGCUAAUUGGAUUAAGAGCUGUUUUGAUUACUAUGGCAUCCUGUGAGGAGAUUACUGUCGGUGAAGAUGAACUAAGGUCCCGGUACAGCCAUUUAGAGAAGAUGACAGAUCUGGUGGCCGUUUGGGAAGUAGCUUUAAGUGAUGGUGUUCAUAAGAUUGAAUUUGAACAUGGGACCACGUCAGGAAAACGUGUUGUCUAUGUUGAUGGAAAGGAAGAAAUAAGAAAAGAAUGGAUGUUUAAAUUGGUGGGUAAAGAAACGUUUACUGUUGGAGCAGCUAAAACAAAAGCUACUAUUAACAUUGAUGCAGUCAGUGGCUUUGCGUAUGAAUAUACGUUGGAUAUCAAUGGGAAAAGCCUCAAGAAGUAUAUGGAGAACAGGUCAAAAACAACUAAUACUUGGGUACUGAGUUUGGAUGGCAUGGAGUAUAGAGUUGUUCUAGAAAAGGACACUAUGGAUGUGUGGUGCAAUGGUGAAAAAAUGGAAACAGCGGGUGAAUUUGUAGAAGAUGGGACUGAAACUCACUUCAGUGUUGGUGAUCACAGCUGUUGCAUUAAGGCUGUCAGUAGUGGGAAACGAAGGGAAGGAAUUAUUCAUACCCUUAUUGUGGAUGACAGAGAAAUCCCAGAGGCUGUGGAGUAGCCUCUAGUUAACUGAUUGUUGUAGGACUAAGAUCAGGAAUUUUCGAUUACUGUGGUAAUUAUUUUUAUAUGUACUACUUAGUACAUCUACUUUGUGCUGGUUUUAUUUUCUAGCUUCUGUAUCUGAAAUUCAUCUUUUUGAGGACCAGAUGAAAAUAAUUAUAUACAACCUCCAACAUAACCUUUUUGUAGUGUUAUAUAUAUAUAUUCUUUCUAUAUAUAAUAAGUGCAAGGAGGGCAGGGGAACUGAAGUAGAAAUUAUAUAUUAGAAAAAACUUUGCUAUAAUAAAAUGCAAGAUCCAUAUUCAGAAAGACUGAAUUCCUUCAAACUGUGGGUAUAUGUGGAGUGAGGAGAAAGCACAUGCUGGGCACUGGAGUAAGCUGUUAAUUUUCUCAGUAUUUUUUUUUUUAUCUAUUACACUAACUCUGUGUUUUUCAGGUGCAGUUAGGAAAAUAGUUACAUAAGUCAAUAAAAAUACUACAGAAAUACAUUGUUAACACCUGUAUAACAGUGUUAAAAAUAAUACUGAACAAUGAAAACUUGUUUCUACAUCAUCUUUUUCAGAGUAAGAAGAAAGAUGUUAUACUUGUCCAGAAAGAAACUGGACACCUCCCUAGGGUUUUCUGAAAAUUGAUGUCUACUACUAAUUGUUGCAGUAGCUAAGAAACUUUCUGCAGUGAGUUCUGGUUCCUCCUGCUGCCACUCAACCCCCCAGUUUCUCUGCCAUGAACCUCCUUUCAAAAACUGAAAUACCUUGAAGCAAGCUGGAAUAAGAGACCAUUCUGACUCAAUGCUGUUUAGCAAACCUUAAAUCAACAGCUCUGUUUUCUUGGCAGUAAUGCGUGAAUAAGAAAAUGUGAGGGGGGGGGGGAAUAGGACAGGAAUGGAUAAGAAGAAUAUACUGCUUGAAUGGAAAAGCUGAAACAGAAAUAGAAUAAUUGUCUUCAAGCUUCCAGGGUACUGUCUAAAAGCAGCCUUGGGAUUUCUGUUAGAGCCACGACUUGUGUGUGUUUUAGAUGGUUCUUACAAGCUCACAAGGACUUUUUGCCCAUCUGACACCAGUGUGCACUGGGUAGUCACAAAUUCUCCAUGAGGCAGCAAUGGAGAUGAUCAUUAGAACAUACUGGCCCCACAUACUGUAGAGGCUACC